AGAAACGCCCAUCUGGACUGGACUCGGUCAGCUUUACUAAAUGGGUGGCUAGUUUCCCGUUAAAUCCCCGUAAGACUGAAAGGUCAGCUGGCGACUCUGCCCACAGUACAAUGAGGUGCGUCGUGCCGGGCUGCAGUAACUCGAGCGUGUCCGCGCGUCUCCACGCGUUCCCUCUGACCGACCGCGCGCUGUGUCGCACUUGGCUGCGCUCCGUCCAGCACCCCGAGUUCGGAGCCGACACGGACCUGACGGUGGUCACUCAGCAGCGGCUGAGGGUCUGCAGCGACCACUUCGUAGCCGCGGACUACAAGGGCAACUGCCUGAAAGAGGGCGCAGUGCCCUCCGUGUUCCCGUGGACGGGGAUCCGAGUGGAGAUGCUGUCCCAGCCGCUGGAGGAGGAGACGUCUGACAAAGAAGACUUUCCGGUCGCAACCUGCUCCCAAAUGAAAGAGGAUCCAACUCUGAAAGCUUUCAAGAUCAGCCAAGCACCUGAAGUGUCCGGUAUACUAAAGAGUGAUGAGGUGUUGGUGAACACACAGUGUUUGCUGGAGCUCUUCAAGUGUUGCUCCGUUUGCCUGGUCGAGUGCUGUGUCACCAUUGAGGGCAACGAGAGGCUGUUUUCAGUCACCCAGGACUGCCAGAGCUGUGGCCACCACAGAAAAUGGAGAAGCCAUCCUAACUCUGCUGAUGAACCUGGGGAGGAUUUCCAUGAGGAGCAUGAAGACCAUGAGGAAAUCAUCCAUAAAGAACACAAAGACCAUGAGAGACCCUUCCAUCGAGAAUACAAAGACCAUAAGGAGUCCUUGCAUGAAGAGCACAAGGAUGAGGAUGCAGUUUCACACCCAGAGGUACAACAUACACCAGAGCCUGGGGAGAAGGAUAGCGAGACCGUGGUAAUGGUGCCCCACCGCAUGAAGACCAAAGAGGUGUCGAUGGAAAUAAAACAGAUCAUAGUGAGCAUGAGAAAUGAAAAGAAGUCAAUCAGAGAAAUAGGCAAAACGUUAGGCUUGUCCAAAUCAACCGUCGGGUACAUCCUUAAGAAGAAAGCCAGCACUGGAGACGUGAGUAACAGGAAACGACCCGGAAGGCCGAGGAAGGCGACCGAGGAGGUUGACCAAAUAAUCCUUUCCAUUAUGACGAAAAAUCCUCGAACCCCAGUCCAGCAGAUCAAGAACACUCUGAAGGAGGUAGGCAGGGAAAUAUCUUUGACCACCAUACGCAGAAAGCUACAUUCGCUGAACCAUACGAUAGAAACGGCUUUCCUACACAACUUGAAAAUGGCAAAGUAGCUCGUCUCACUUUCCUUCAAGUGUUGGAAUAAAGUAUUUUGUUAAACACA